AUGGACCAUAACCAAGAGCUAGAGAAGAUGGAAAACGCUAAUGCUAAUUCAGAAUCUAGAAAUGAAAGUCAAGAUCCCAAUGACAGCCAGAACAAGAAAUUGCUUAAAAUCGUCUCAAAACCUCAGAAGAAGAGAGAUAACAAUAAGAACGAAGAUAGUGAUAAGUCGGGAAGUGAGUCGGAUGUGGAAGAGACAAACCAGGAAAUCAUUAAGGCGGCCUUGGCCGAUGAGCAGGCGAAGAAGUCACUAGAGACGGCUAAAGAACAGAAGCGGAAACACUUGAAGAAUAUCUCGACUACCGAAAAGGAGGGGUUUUCUAUUUUCUCGGUGGAGUCGUACAUUGAAUCGAACUUUAAAGGACACUGGUUCUACUUAGCUAUGCUGGCCUAUCUGCUGGUUGGUACCUUUUUGAUCAUGGUGGCACCUUCAGUGGCGCUGGUAUUAAAGAAACAGCCCAUGCCAAAAGUGUUUGUGGCCAUUAGUGAGCAGCCAGACAUUACUAGUUAUCAGAAGAACUUUAAGCUGGCCUUGUUCUUCAGUGCGCUCUUCAUUACUUAUUUGGUCUUGCGUGAGAUCUUCAACCAGACGGUUUAUAUGUUAUUGGUGAUUCACCAGCUGAUGGGCAAGAAGAUAACCAAAGAUACGAAAGUGUUUCUUUUUAUUGCUAACGAUAUAAGGUCUUACCUGGCUAUCUUCUUUUUCUUCUUGCUUGCUGUGGUACAUUGUAAUCUGUUUUUGGACGAGUACUGGAUAACAAAUGAAACUAGUGGGUAUGGAAGUUUGGGCGGGUACUGCUUAUGUCUUGCCUUGCUGACCGGUAUGUUCAUUCUGGAGAAGUUCUUUUUGAAGAUCACUGUGGCUUAUUUCGGGAAUAACGUCUUCUCCAGUAGGAUUGGAGAUGUAAAUCUGAAAUUAUCGAUUGUGCGCCGAUUAUGGAUCUAUUCCGAUGCUGUUUUUACGCAGAACACUAUUCUGCUGAAUACUGAGUUGUUAGCUGGGUUGGAAGUUAAUGAUAGUUUCUUGUUGCACUAUGAUGAUUUCAAAAUUCGCUCGAGUAACAACUGCCAAGAGAUUAUUGAAAGCAUCUACCAGAAACUUGGGGUUGAGGCUCUUACGGAAGAACAUAUUCGCAGUGCCUUUGGCGGGCCUUGGGAAGACAUUUGGUCCUACUUGACUUCGCACGUGGGCCCUGAGGGCGAUGAAGAGGUUAAAGAGAUUUCCUUGGAAGGACUUGCUAAGCUAGCUAAGUUGGCCUAUUCGGAAAAGGUUGAUUUGAAACGAACUUUGUACGACCGAGACAAUCUUCUGGGUAAGUUGGACUCUAUUUUGGUAUCGGUGGCUCUCAUAGUUACUUUGAUUGUUAGUACGCCGCUGAUUGGGUUUGAUCCUAUUAAGUAUAUGGCAGGAAUAAUUCCGCUGAUUAUGAGUUCGGGUUGGCUCUUUUCGGACAUUAUCAAGGACGUGUUCAACAACUUUAUCUUCUUGUUGCAUGAGCAUCCCUUUGAUGUAGGAGACCGAAUUAUGGCUAAGGGUGAAGAGUUGACAGUACUGCGUAUUGAGCUGAUGUACAGUACCUUUACUUCGCGUGGAGGCACAGUUUGUUACAUUCCGAACAAAGAGCUGAUUAAGGAGAACAUCUUCAAUAUGCGCCGUAGUGACAUACAAUCAGAACUGGUUACUAUUAUCAUCAGUGAAGAAAUGAAGAUAGAGAAUGUUCAGCAACUAAGAACCACACUAACAGAACUUAUUAAGCACAAAGAACUCGAGAACAAAAAGAAUAUCACUAUCUAUGACUACGAGCUACAAAACGGGCACACCACCAUCACCUUCAAGAUUGAGUACCUCAGCAACUUCCAAGACCCUGAGCCUCGUUUCACCAGAAGGUCUGCGCCCAUUGAAGUGAUUCAGAAGUCCAUCAAGGACAACAACCUUACCUACCUGGAACAAAAGUCAGCUAAGAGUUUAUAA